AUGGCCGGCACAUCCGUGGCCUCGCCGCUCUGCACGUGGCUGGUGGCGGCGUGCAUGUCGGUCGCCUGCGACAAGGAGCGCUCUCUGGGGCCGGCCAGCGGUGGCUUCCCGGCGACCACGAAGCGGCUUAGCAGAUGGGCGAGGAGGAGGAGGGUGGCGCUCUCUAGCGGCAUGGGUGGCGGCUGCCGCAGCGGCGGCCGGGAGUCCUCCGCCAGCCUGAUCUCCGCAUUCUGUGGAUCGGGCGGGAUCCAAGGUCUCAUGAGUUCUUGCCUCGCCUUCGAGCCCUGCGAGGAAUACUGCAGCUCGUGGUGGGGACGGUCGGCGUUAUUUGGCGACGGUAGCUUCUCCCUCUUCGGCUCCCCGGGCCAGGAGCGGCCCGGCCCUCGCCGGAAGCGGCAUCUCACUGCUGCUGUCCCCCCUUCGUCCAUCUCAGGUAUUUUGCUACUCCCUGGAUUUUCUUGCGAUUGCGUCUCUCACAUGACGAACGGCUCUCUCUCCCGUCGAUCUUCAAUCGACUUCCACAUCUCCUGUCGCUGUAAUUUUUGAUGUAAGAUUCCUCCACUACAUCCCCUAAUCACCGGUGAACAGUGCAGCGAUCCCAACUCUGAUUCCUCACGCCAAAUUGAGGAAUCUGCGAGUUGUUCUACUUCUUCGUAAGUCCACCCAGUCGUUUCGUUGUCGUCUACCCUUGGGUUUAGGUUUCAGAUCCCGUCGACAUCAUUCCUGCAUGUGUUCUCAGUCUUCUCCCCCGAAGGCAGCCCUGGGGCUCUGAAGCGAGCUAGCCUCUUUUUGGGUGGUCAGAAAGCGUCACAGCAAGUAGAGGAAAUCUGAUGCUUGGCCGACUCUUGUUCAUAGCAGAAGGAAAGACACUCCUCCUGGGAACUUUCCGGGGCUUGGGGAGGAUAGAGAUUCCCACCAGCCCCUGGCUAUCGUGGACGAACUGUGUGUGAGGUGCCUUGCUCCUCGUCCGUGGUCUGACCACAACAGCUCAAUAGGUGGAGUUUCUCCAAGAAGCCCGCCAGCCUGAUAUCAAAGUAAAAUAUGGGGAAAUUCAUUGAAGUUGCUCUUCAUAUCCAGAGCUUGAUUUUCCCAUACCAGGCCAGGAAUUUGGAACCUAUGAACGUAGAAUUGGCGCAGCAAUCAUUGUGUGAAGAUUUUUGGCCCCAAGCUUGUGGUUGGACUCGUAAGGCUGCCUCUGCAUGCCAUUCAGCAUCCUUCUUAGAUUAUGACUGCUUUGCAACCCUGGAGCCAUGUGCUGAUUCGGCUGUUUUAAUCGCAGGAGAAGUCAUGGCGGUGGCUGUGCAACCUACAAAAGAAGCUUCAGAAAGGAGAAGAACUCCUCAUAAGCAAAGAAGAGUUGUGGUCACUGGAAUGGGUGUCGUCACUCCACUAGGUCAUGACCCUGAUUCUUUCUACGAUAAUCUUCUUGAAGGAGUCAGUGGCAUAAGUGAAAUAGAAAGAUUCGACUGUGCCAACUUCCCAACGGUAUAUAUUUUGGUCUUUUUUUUUUUUUUUUUUCCUUUUUGAUGUGUUGCGAAUAGCAUCACCCAAUAUCAGAAUUAAAUACUCCGUCAUUACUGUUUUAUUGUUGCAUUUUCUAGUACGAUUAUUGGUAUGCAUAUUUGGCACAGAGGAUAGCAGGGGAGAUCAAAGCUUUCUCAACCGAUGGGUGGGUUGCUCCGAAGCUGUCCAAGAGGAUGGACAAAUUUAUGUUGUACUUGCUUGUCGCUGGCAAGAAAGCAUUGAAUGAUGGUGGGAUGACAGAAGCAGUUCUGAAUGAACUAGACAAAGCUAAAUGUGGAGUGCUCAUCGGCUCUGCAAUGGGAGGAAUGAAAGUAGGUUCUCAGUUGUCACAUCUCUUCAUUCCUAAAUGAAAUAUCUCAAUGACAAAAUACAGUUGAUAGCAUGCGAAUUCUGAUGUUGAUAAUUGUGAAAUAACGGGGUGUUGUGCCAACGAGAUGUGCUUGCUCUCUAUGAAAUUAUCUAAUACUUUUUCUCUGUCCAUUUCAAUUCCAUCAUCAUUAAUAACUGUCCCUCUUUGAGUAAAGUCAUAUGGUCUCAAGCACCCGCGCUGCCUGUUGAUAUCUCAUGCAGGUUUUCAAUGAUGCAAUUGAAGCGUUGAGGGUCUCAUAUAAGAAGAUGAACCCAUUCUGUGUACCUUUUGCGACCACAAAUAUGGGUUCCGCAAUGCUUGCAAUGGAUCUGGUGAGCUAAACGGCAUGGUAUUCUGAUACCAAUAUAUAUUUUGGAGCAUAUUUAUUGAGGCCUCCUCAAAUGGUCAGCUGUGUGAGAAUUUUAUUUCAGGGCUGGAUGGGUCCAAAUUAUUCAAUCUCUACCGCUUGUGCCACCAGCAACUUCUGCAUUUUGAAUGCUGCAAAUCACAUCAUAAGAGGCGAAGCGGUGAGUUUCCGGUUUCCAGUUUGCCUAUGCAAUCAACUGCUUGGCGUUUUUGCGUAUUAACAGUUUGCUCACACAUGCAGGAUGUAAUGCUCUGUGGUGGAUCAGAUGCUGCGAUCAUUCCUAUUGGUAGUCCACUUGUUUUGCUCCGCUCACUAGAAGCUACCCAUCUUUGUAUCCACACUCUGAGUUUACAUGACUGCUAUCUGAUAAUGGCUUCUUCCAAUGUCUCUCAUGGAUCGCAGGUUUGGGUGGUUUUGUGGCCUGUAGAGCACUUUCACAACGGAAUGAAUAUCCUACCAAAGCCUCGCGCCCAUGGGAUGCUGUAUGCAUUAAUCACUUACCCUCCACUAUUCUUCUUUAAUCUGGAUGAUAACUUUCUGACCUAGUAAAUCAUAUCCUAAAACUAUUUGCAUUUGUUGGUAUUAAUAGAGGAAAAUUUCAUCCAUCUCGGCUUAUGAUGCAUCGAUCGCACAUUCAGUCUCAAUAGACAAUCAAAGGAGUCUUUCAACUUAAUAUGGAUCAUUGACUUGUUCUGUAAUGAUGACUAUCCUGGAUAAGACCUGCCUAUUUCCUUUUAGAUUUGGUCCCCAGAGGCGAAACGGCUUUCCUAGAAAUGCUGGCCUUGUUUCUGUGUUAUGUAAAGAUGGAAGACUCUAAAACAGGGCGGAUGCCAUUAUUUGUGUUUUUUUUUUACAUUUUUUUAGCUUGAUGGAGCCUUUUCAAUUGGCAGGGAAGGGAUGGAUUUGUCAUGGGGGAAGGUGCUGGUGUCCUUUUGUUGGAAGAUAUGCAACAUGCAAAGGUUCGCCCACUUUGGUGCUUCCUUGAAUAUUAAACUUCUGGAUUAAUUGUGGUGAUUUUUGUGGACCUCUAUCGGCUUCAUCUAAGAUUGACGGAAAUUUCUAUCCUUGAGGUCUAAAUUAACUUAUUUCUUCUCGUUUUUUGCGUGUGUUUGAAUGCUCCUCUUCAUUCUACUGGAUUUUGCAGCAAAGAGGUGCAACCAUCUAUGCAGAGUUUCUUGGAGGGAGCUUUUCAUGUGAUGCUUACCACAUGACCGAGCCCCAUCCCGAUGGUACAGGAUCAAAUCUCCCGCCACAUCUUUGCACAUCUGCUCCUGAAUUUGUGUAUAAUUCUCGACUGACUUUUGGAAAAUUAGGCGCUGGCAUUGCCCUUUGCGUAGAAAAGGCCCUAUCUCAAUCAGGAGUUGCUAGAGAAGACGUUAAUUAUGUUAAUGCUCAUGCCACCUCAACACCAUCUGGUGAUCUGAAAGAGUAUCAAGCUCUUGUUCGCUGUUUUGGGAACAACCCCGAGGUACUAUUGCAGCAUAUAAAAUGUUCUUCUUUUAUGAAUGCCACACCUGAUUUCAUUGUUCUGCAGCUGAGAGUGAACUCAACCAAAUCAAUGAUUGGUCACCUGUUGGGAGCGGCUGGGGCUGUGGAAGCUGUUGCUGCAAUACAGGUUAGAGAGCACUCAGAAUUAUGCAAAAAGAAGGAUCUGUGUUAUAUUUUCCUUGGUAUGUUUUUUUCAAGGUCGACUUUUCACAAACAUAAAAUGAUACUCAUAAUGCUGGGGCAAUUUCCCGGGGUUCCAUAUUGCUAAAAAAUAGAGAACUACUUUGUUUAUCAAUUCUUCGAUACACAUCUCUAACUAUCUAAAAUUUGAGUUAGUCCCAGGGUGAUGUUAGAAAAUUUGAACUAACCAAAAAGUGUUUUGUAUUCCCACACGAUUUUGUGGUUUAUUUUCCCACAGUAUUUCUUGUGCUGUACCAAUCGGUCAUAUGUGAGAGGUGCCGUUUUUAUCAAAUCGGAUAUACUCGAUAGAAAGGAGUUAUCCCUAUUUUUUAACCCAUUUUCAGCUGACCUUGAAUCUGGAUAACCAAUGUCAGGCCAUAUGGCCAUUAGAUUGUGUUACGUGAUGAAGAGAAAACCAGAGCAUGUGCUUCCGUCUGGAUUUAUAAACUUGAAAAAUCAAAUGGAGAAUGAUAUGCCAAAAAACUUCGAUGAGUAAUCCCCACCUUUGGAAAAGCUUGCUGUGAGCUCUCUUGCCUCUAUUUGUAAUAAGUUGAAGCAUCGUAUUCUAUAAAGUAUGUUUUGAAAUGCUAUGCUGAUGGGGCAUACCACACAGUGAGCCUAUUAGGUGAUUAGGUGGGUACAUACCGGUUGCCUUCCUGAUGAGGCUCACUUGUUGGAGAAGUGAAGUCCUGUGUAUGUCCGCUGAGUGUUAGUUUUUAGGAGAAAAUUCUAGUAGAGAAAUGCUAUGCUGGAUAAUCUAUGAAAUAAGAUGCAGCCGUGGCCAGGUCUUGUGGAAUAUUGUGGCAACCAUCACUGGCAUGAUGGCUGAAUGAGAGCUGAGCAAUUUGUAUCAGAUUGAGAUGGCCCCAAAUGAAAAUGAUGUCGGUCAGGUUAAACAAACUAAGCAUACCAGCUCAUGUCUUUUCCAUCUUGAGUCUUCACAUCUGAAGCCCUUUGAUAGAAACAUGCAGAUUCAGACACAACGGAUGCAACAGUAGCGUUGUGUGGUCUUUUUGUUGCGGUCGACACUAGCUGCCUUCCGUAUGUUAGAGCUACAUUGUAUCCGUAGGCCUGAAAAGUCAGGGAAGACGAGUUGUCCGCUUCCAGAUUUUGCUUUGGGGAAGAUAUUACAUGAAUCUGAUUUUCAUUUAAUCAGCUUAAUGGUUCCAAUUUUGAAAUUGGGAAUUUCAGUGCUGAACUUUUUUGCGUUUAGUGGUUGUCGCUGAAAUUCUGGUUUCCUUUGUCGUAUCAGAAGAAAAGCUUGUAGUCAAUUUUUUUCUCCACAGAGGUGGAAAAACGCCAUUGCUUCUGCUUCCCACAUUCUUAUGCAUCAAAGCAGCACUUUUAUUGACCAUUGACAUUGUGGGUACUAGACAUCUAUGGCCUCGAGCAGAACCGAAUUAGAGAGAAGAUAAUGUUCCAUGGUCGGAAUGAACACAUGGGUGGUAAAGCUUUUUUGUUUCUGAGGUUUUCUGGUGUACUCAUAGAUGGUAUAAGGUUGAUCCCUCUCUAGAACUUCAAGAAGUACAUUGCAGUUGUCAAACUCUUCCCCAAGGGAGUGUUGUGAAGUUUUUUUCUUGGUGGGGGUGGUGGGGGGCUGAAAAAGCGUGUGAGAUGGUCACACGUGUGAAUUCAGACUGUAAGAUGCCAUAAAAACUAAAGCAGCAGUUGAUGCUCAAAGGUCUAUGAGUUCAUUGGAUGGACUACCAUUUUUUUAUUUUUUAUUUUUUCAAAAUAACAGACUAUUCAGCAGAUGAUUGUAAAACCGUAAGCUGUAUAUGCCAUAAAAACAUAGGAACAGUUGAUCUGCAAAGGUCUAUGAGUUCAUUGAUGGACUACCAGUUUUUCUUCUCUUUUUUUUUUUGAAUUUUUUUUAUAAGAGAAACUAUUCAGCAGAUGAUUGUAAAACGGUGAGCCGAUUAGGUGGGUACAUACCUGUUGGCUUUCCUGAUGGGGAGAUGUUUCUUUCGUGCAGGCAAUCAGAACAGGGCUGGUGCAUCCGAAUAUCAACCUGGAAAACCCUGAAGAAGGCGUGGUACGUUGCUUCUUCUUCUUCCCCUUCAUCCCUUCUCUCCCAAAGCUGGUUUUGACUCAAAAAUUAUAAAUUAGUACGAGUUCUUGAGCUGGUUGGCCCAAAUGAAAAGGCUGUGAUGGGUUCGGAGGGAGCGGUAGGUGCUCUCUCUCCGAGCCCAGCCCUCUGACUGAUGAUGCCUGGUGGAUGGAAAAGCAGGACAUGAGCCUUCUGGUGGGGUCGAAGAAGGAGCGGCUGGACGUGAAGGUGGCUCUGUCGAACUCCUUCGGCUUCGGCGGGCACAACUCGUCUAUCCUGUUCGCGCCGUACAAGUGA